GGCUGAGAAAAAUUGAACCAAUGACAUGACGAACUUCAAGCAAUUCCGGAUGUGUGGCCAGACGCAGCCCCGGCUGAUUUCGGAAGGGCUCUGAAUUUACACCGUGUUUAAGAAGAUAACGAUGGAUUAACAUGAAAGUCAUCACUGAGAUCAGAAAGCUUGUCGAUGAAACACAGUCCUUCAGUCAAAGUGACCAAGGCACUGCUCAAGACUAAAGCUCACCCCAAAAAUGCCAGAUGUGGUCUUGGGGAGGCUUCACAGACUCACUCGAUGGCAGCCGUGAUUUUCCGAUGCAGCGGUGUCCUCAGCAGCUGGACACCAUUUCUCAGCCUCCUCCUGGGCUCCCUGCUGGCUCUCCUCUUACCAAUGGUGGGGGUGGAAGAGCAGUGCAGGUCGACGCUGCGUGGGUUGGCCCUGCUCAGAUGCCAGCUUUGGGGCAACACCUUCCACUCCUCACUCCACUCCACCAGCCUCAGCGUUCCUCACACAGAUUUUGAGUUGCUGCCACUUAAGGCCAGGCGUAGCUCAGAUGUUCAGUUAGAGGCCAGAGCAGCUGUCCAUCAGGCUGUGGAGAUGAAGCGGCAUGGGAAACGAGAGAAGGCACACAAGCUACUGUUGCACGCCCUGAACAUGGACCCAGACUCUGUGGAUGCACUGACGGAGCUGGGCGCCAUCCUCGAAGAGGAGAAAGAUGUCAUCCAGGCUGAUCAUUUGUACUCCAAAGCUUUAGCUAUUUCGCCCUGCAACGAGAAGGCGCUCGUCAACCGUGACCGUACCCAGCCACUCGUGGAAGAGAUCGACCAGCGACACUUUAGCAUCAUUGACAGCAAAGUCCGGAAGCUGAUGUCAAUCCCCAAAGGCAAUUCCGCCUUGAGGAGAGUAAUGGAGGAGACAUACUACCACCAUAUCUACCACACUGUGGCAAUUGAAGGCAACACACUGACGCUGUCUGAAAUCCGGCACAUAAUAGAGACGCGGUACGCCGUACCAGGGAAGAGCUUGCUGGAGCAGAAUGAGGUCAUAGGUGUGGAUGCAGCCAUGAAGUACAUGAACACCACCCUUUUAUCAAGGAUUGGGUCUGUGAGCAUUACGGACAUCUUGGAAAUCCAUCGCCGUGUUCUUGGUUACGUGGAUCCUGUGGAAGCUGGCAGUGUAAGGACCAACCAGGUGUUUGUGGGCCACCACAUUCCUCCUCAUCCACGGGACCUGAACCGCCAUCUUGAUGAGUUUGUGCAGUGGCUAAACUCUGAUGAGGCUAUGAACCUCCAUCCAGUUGAAUUUGCUGCUCUGGCCCAUUAUAAGCUUGUGUACAUCCACCCUUUUGUGGACGGUAAUGGACGCACCUCACGCCUGUUGAUGAACCUGAUCCUCAUGCAGGCAGGUUAUCCACCCAUCACCAUUAGAAAGGAGCAGCGAGCUGAAUAUUACAACACGCUAGACCUGGCCAAUGAGGGUGAUGUGCGGCCAUUCAUUCGUUUUAUUGCCAAAUGCACAGAGAUGACACUCGACACAUUACUCAUUGCGACCACCGAGUAUUCGGUGGGCUUACCAGAUGCCAGCCACAAGACCAGCUCUGAGUGCAAGCAGACUAUCCCCGUGAGAUCUGACACAAGUGUUUAAAAUGGUGGGAGAUCCGGCCAACCUCUCUGUGCACUUUGAAGUGAGGUACUCUCCUCCCCAGGGUGGGGGUUGUUGUAGUGGGUACAAAGUUGGCGAGGACGAGUAUACGACCGCUCAGCCCUGACCAGAAUGUGAAAAAAAGAGGAGGCAGCACCUUCAGAUUUAAAGGUGAGCUCAGAGUUCUACCAAUGGUGCAAUGUCUGGCGUACAUUGUCUUGCUGUUUUAAUUGAAGAAGAAAAAAAAAUUAGAACAACUUAACUUAUCAACUGAGAGUGUAAAAUGAAAUUAGGGAAACUUGAAGGCCUGCUGUUAGAGCUUUCUAAGUUUCAAAGGGACAAGCCCACUCGGAAAUAUCAACUCCACCACUUGAAAAAUAAAAAACAUAAUCAAAAGAUACAAAGUGGCAAAAAGCAAAGGGCAGCUCACUUUCUUCAUACGUUUCUUGUACACAGUUAGACCAACACCGAGGCCUGUGCUUGACCGGAUUUUCAUACACUUAAAAUCCCCUUAAGGUCUUGCCUGAACAUUUGUACUGCCCAUUCUCGAGUUUAUUUCUUUAUACAUCCCAUAAAAACAGCAGCAGACAGCUCAGAAAGCCACUUCUGCUGCUUGUUCAUAAACAUCACCCCAUUACAAUACAAAAAGGAGCUGCGGUGGGGCUUGUUAUCAAUGGGCAGCUUAACACUUUACUUUGCUUCACACACAAAUGACACCGUGCACGGUCCAUGGUGCCAAGGGAGCAGCCGGAGCACAGGCUGCCUUUGGUUGUUUAAAAAUGCCAGCUAAAAUACACUAGUGGAGCACCUGUGCUGCCGUAAGCCCCUCACGAGUGGAACUGCAUCAUGCAAGACAUAACUUAGUAUUAUGGAAUGCAGAUUUUAUUAUAUAUAUGCUUGAUUGUGUGUAUAUAUAAUUAAGAUUUGGUGAUGUGUAUAUAAAAAAAAAUGUGUAAAAUUUAAGGAGACACCCCCCGCCCCCCCAACACACACACGCUUCUUUUUUUUCUUGCCAAACAGCCAGAAUUAGAUUUUGGGGAUUUCUUUACUCUUUCAGUUUGGUUCUCUUCAUCUUCUGUUUCAAAAGAUGGCGGUGAGUGGGCCUCAUUUUGGACUCUGUUUAGAUGAUGAACUUUUGGUUUUCCAUUUUUGACUUGAAGUGCCCC